AUGGCGUCCUUUAAGAAAAUAAAUACCAAAGUAUUUGCAAGAUCAGGAACUGAAUUAACCCCGGAUAACAUAUAUUGGAAAAAAUAUACUGCUCCUGUCUUAGUUAAGGAAUUUGGACCUAUUGAUUAUAUAGACUUUUCACCUGUGGAACCACAUUAUUUUGCUGUCACUUGUUCAGUAAGAGUACAAGUAUAUAAUCCAAUUACAAAACUAGUCACAAAAAAUCUUAGUAGAUUUAAAGAAGCUGCUUAUGGUGGCUCUUUCCGCAAUGAUGGAAAGUUGCUUUGUGCUGGUGGAGAAGAAGCAGUUAUUAGACUCUUUGAUGUUAAUACAAAAAGCCUUCUUCGACUUUUCUCUGGGCACAAAGCUGCUGUACACAGAACAUUUUUCACCAAUGACAAUCUUCAUAUUGCUUCAUUUUCUGAUGAUAAGACUGCCAUUGUUUGGGAUAUACCCAGUGAAAAGCAAAUUAUAUCCUUUAAUGAGCAUUCAGACUAUAUCAGAGCUGGUGCAGUAAGUCCUAUUUCCAAAGAUAUAUUAUUGUCCGGUGGUUAUGACAAACACAUAUAUAUGUAUGAUACACGAACAAACAAACAAAUUCUUAAUGUAAACCAUGAAGCUCCUGUUGAAAGUUUAUUAUUUUUGCCAUCUGGUGGAAUAUUUUUAUCCGCAGGUGGAACAGAAAUCAAAGUAUGGGAUGCACUUGCUGGAGGAAGACUACUUGCAAAGAUUAUGCAACACCAUAAAACUGUGACUUGUCUAAAACUGGCUUCGAAUGGCCAUAGGAUUUUGUCUGGCUCGUUAGACAGACACGUAAAAAUUUAUGAUUCUGGAACAUAUAAAACUGUUCAUUCUUUGGACUAUCCAAAUUCAGUUCUCAGUAUAGGAAUUAGUUCUAAUGAUGAAACCAUAGUAGCUGGCAUGGUUGAUGGUUUAAUAUCUGUUCGGAGAAGAGAAGAAGAUGUGAAAAAUGAAAAACCACAACGUAAAAAAGUAUCAUAUAGACAUUCUGGUAAAAAUUUGCAUACACCACAUGUAGACAUGAUCGUAAAUGAGGAUAUGAAAGAAAUUAUGUCAAAGCAUGAUACUUAUUUAAGAAAGUUUCAAUAUUCUAAAGCUUUGGACUGUGUGAUGAUGAGUUAUGUUGUAAACAAAGCACCGCACGUUACGGUUGCGCUUAUGCAAGAAUUGAUCAGAAGGCAGGGUUUAAAACAAUCUUUUGCUGGUAGAAACGGCAAAUCACUUGUAAAUAUUAUUAAAUUCUUAAAUAAACAUAUAGGAAGUGUUCGAUUUGGAAGAGUAUUAUUACAUGCUGCUAAUGUUCUGAUGGAUGUUUAUGAAGAUCGUUUGGACGAACUCGGAGCAGAACCACGAAAAAUGUUUACUCUUUUAGCGGCCAAAUUGGAAGAGGAAGAAAAUUUAAUAUUAGCUUUAUCAGAAUUGCAAGGAAAGUUGCACAUGAUAUUGUCUGCUGCAGAAACCGCAGUUCCUGCACCAGUAAAAGACACUCAAAUAUUGGAACCUUCAAGUGCUGCUCAAAAGAAUCUAAUUUUGAGUAUAGCAUGAA